AAGAAGUGAUCUCAACUUUGUUGUUGUGAGUGACAGGGGGUGGCUUGGUGUGUGUAAUGGGAAGGUGCACACAGAACAGCAGGAGCGAAGCCGAGAGGAAGCGGUGAAGUGAGAUGGUCGACUCCGCCUAAAAUCUGUCUUGGCGAAAAGCGUUAAGCAGAGGGCGGAGUUUUUGUACGGGCGACAAUGAGAGAGAGGCGAAUAUGGUAAGUACUAUUUUGAUAUGAGAAGCUUAUCAUUUAAUCAAAUAUAAGUUUCAUAAUGAUUAGGUUGCUACGAGUGUACUGAUGUAGCCUAAGUGUAAUGCACGUAACAUUCCGGCAACUUUGUGAAAAACAUUUUUAUAUGGGAGUUGUUGUUCACAGGCGUAUCUACCCUCUCAUUGGCUAGAAUGUUCCCACCUGAUCGCGCAUCCCCCCGCCUGCUUUUAGCCUUUGCGGACAUGUAUUUCCAUCGUAGAGCGGUCAGUCAACCAUCUUGUCAAUAUAAUUGAUCCUCUUUGCCUUACAUUCAUUGUUUGUAAGACGCUGGGGAAGAAGAGCGCGAUACACAUUUCAUAGCGCAAAUGUAAAACAUUCGCCAAUAGACAUUUGGAAGGUUUUCUAUAAAAUAUCAUGUCCAGCUGAUAUAUCUAGAUGCUGGGUAAGCGAGGAAGAUUCAGACGGAGUUCCUCUCUUCAUGCUAUAUUGUAGCCAAUCACAUUGCAACAUAGUAGCCAGUAAUAUUAUAAUCAGACUAGCAGUAAGGUUAUUGUAGCAACAUGAAGCCUCAGUCAAAAACUAACACAGGGAUCAAAAGGGAGACUUCAAUGUCAGCCCAAGCUCGCCCCUCGAAAACCGCUAGAGAGGGUGAGGUAUCGCUCUCUUUCCAGGACGAACUGGCGGCGACGAUCCACGGUGCGUUCGAAGUGGCUGUGGAAAUUGCCGUAUUAGAAGUCACUAAACUGGUAGGUCAAGCGCUUGGGGAUGUCCGCGAUCAGAUGCACGAAACCCUACGGGAAAACAAGUCUCUUAAACAACGCUUGCAAACAACCGAGCAAGAGUUGAAUGCUGCGCGUCAAUGUGUGGAAACAACGAGAGGUGUAAGUCCGCAGGCACAGUUAUCGAUAAGUCCUCUCCACAACAACAACUUAGCAAAGACCCAAAAGCAGUCAAAGGACAACGAAUUAAAUAUAAAGUCCUCAUAUUCAUUGGACGAAUAUGGAUAUGAAAUUGUGGAGGCAGAGAUCAGUAGUGAACGACAGAAAGACCAUGGGUCUUUCAGUGAAAUCAGCGAGGAUGGUCGGGUGUGUUCCCAAGACCUACACCCAGCUUCAAGUGGACAGUCUAUCCCUCAUCAUGACCUGCUUAAAGAAGUCAGGGAAGAGGCCUCCAGUUUGUGUAUGGACCACAAGGCAAGUGCAGAAAGCAUCAGUCAUAGUGGUCUAGAAACAACAUUUGGAGAUAAUGACCCAUCAGCACUUCACGUUGUGGUCCAGAGCCUUGAGACGGAGCAGGUUAAAGUGAAGGAGGAGAACGGUUCUGGUUCCGGUUCUGGUUCUAGUUUUGACUCUGUGGUAAAAGAAGACUUUGGUCCUGAUAGUCUGUCUCUGGUUCAGUCCAAGAUGUUAGAGGAGUGGAAACCGGACCCUUUGGACUUACAGAUCUCUGACGCUCUGCUUCCUGGAACCAGCCAUAGUCUGUCUCACCCUCAUAUGGUCAACACAGAUGUUCCACAACUGACUGCCCCAACAGCCAGUGCCCUUCCAGCCUUCUCCUCCCAGUUCCCCAACAACCUCUUCCAACCAAGAGAGGCAGCAGCUCCCAUCAUCCCUGUUGCCCCACCUCAGAUCUAUGGAGUCCAGAUCAGAACCAACCCUAAUCCCACCAUCCCCCACCCUAACCCUAAUCCCACCAUCCCCCACCCCAGCCACAUCUGCAAACUCUGUGGCCAGGGCUUCCACCAGCCCAGCGAGCUCCGUAGACACCACACCCAGGCCCACCCCAAGCGUCAGGUCUUCCCCCCUGGCCAGAGCCCUUACCACUGCAGCGAGUGUGACCGGGAUUUCAACCGUCUGGAGAACCUGAAGACUCACCUGAGAAUCCACACUGGAGAGAGACCCUAUACCUGCUCGGUGUGCUCCAUGCGCUUUCGCCACUCGGGGGCGCUCACCAGGCAUUUCCGCAUACACACCGGGGAGAAGCCGUAUGUCUGCGGUCAGUGCGGAAAGACAUUCCGGAACUGUGGGGGACUCCGUUUCCACCAGCGCUCCCAUAGUAGACAGGGGCAGUGCUAGUGUAGCGAUUUAAGGGGGGGGGGGGGCAGCUUUGUGGAUACAGCAGGGCAAGCUCAGUCACUACCUCCUUUGCCAUAAUGGUCCAGAACCCUUGGUACAGGCUGAAAGUCUUUACCAAACUCUCCCAGAUAUCAACAUUAAAUCAUAUUCAACUUGGCCAUAAAGGGGAAAUCUGCAGUCACUACAAAUGUUUAUUGAUUUGUCAGUUAAUAAGGAUAUGUACCCAUUGACUCUUGAAGAAUAUAACUUUUUGAACAUAGUUACAUUUUUGUACACCUCAAAAUAUGAUCUUGUUUUACUCCGAUGUUUGUAAACAAAGUUAAUGUAAAACAAACCAACAGUGACUACCAUUGAAACAUGGUUAAACCUUUAGUUUUGAUAUCAUGCAUCCAUAGCUCUAUGAAUUUGAGUGGUUUAAUUCCUCCAGCCCCGUCCCUCAGCUCUUAACGAAACAGUGGCGGGGAGUUCGCUUUGUUAUUGUUUCAACUGCUGAUUACUGCUUUAACACCAACCAGGUCUGUCAUUUCUCCCCCCCUUGUUGUUUUCUACAAAUGUCUUACACAAUAUGUGACUCAUUUUGUGCCUAAAUUGCUCACUGUCAUGGCUCCCUAAACCCACUUCAUGGAAGAACCUCAUCGCAGUAAGGCAGCCACAGUGGUCCGGUAAUGGGUGUCUGGCUCUAUAGGCUCUCCCUGCUGGGCUGGGGAACACACACACACACACACACACACUCAAAGAUGUUAACUUACUUACGAUACACUACCUGAUAUAAUCCCAGUGUUUCUGUUAUAUGAAUGGGGUUGAAGAAACCCCCUGCACAGAUAUGCACUUACAGCCCCUCAUUGGGUGGUCACUUCACCACAUGCCAUGCUGAAAUAGAAAGACCUGAUUCGCUGCUGCUGGUCUGAAUAUGUCCAAUUGAAUUGCCAUGAUCUCAGUGGUUCCUGAUGAUAUACUAGUGUAUUGCCUUAGUUAAACGCUAUCAACUUAAAAACAAAAAGAGUAGUUCCUUAUCUCUAUCACAACUACCAUUCUCAGUAGUAAUGGCUCCUCUUGUGGCAUCGUCUCUCUAGAUAACCUCCCUGUAUGUCUUUUUGCAGUAUCUUUUCCAUGUUGCCUAAUUGGGAGUUCUCGUUUCCUAUUUGGUAGUGUCCCCAAUACCCGCCCCUCCAUCACUGCCGAUUGACACAUAUCCGUCACCACCUGUCCCCUCCCUCCUCGUCCCAUUGGUCUCAUUAAAACUCCUCUCCUCCCUCCUCGUCCCAUUGGUCUUAUUAAAACCCUUCUCCUCCCUCCUCGUCCCAUUGGUCUUAUUAAAACCCUUCUCCUCC